AUGCAAAUUUUGGAGAGAAAUCACAUCCUUCAUCUCCAACCACUCAUCUAUGGUCAUGUCGCACUGGGCCUCUAUGAACCUUGCACCACAGUCAUUGCACUUGAUGUAUGGCCGUCCGGACUCCGAUCGCCGGAACCGGCCACAAGUCAUGUAGAACGGAUGAAAAAAUGUGAACAUUGGUUCCUUGAUCUGGAGGAUGGUCAAGCCAUCAAAUGCUUGACUCCUGAAAUAGUAAACAGCUCUGAGGUAGUGAAGCUUCAUGGCUAA